AUGGCACUACUUCCAACCCGUGUUUACAAGGCAUUCAACCCGCCUGUAGUAAAGAAGACAGACGGUGCCAUGAAAGUUGGAGUUCUGGGUGCUGCCAAAAUCGUGUCUAUGGCAUUGAUUACACCGGCUUUGUCACACCCAGAAGUCAUCGUCCAGGCCAUUGCUGCCAGAGAUCGUUCUCGCGCUGAGGAAUUUGCUAAGAAGCAUGGUAUCCCCGAGGUCAGGGACACUUAUCAAGAAAUCCUCGAUGACCCAAAUAUCGACGCCAUUUUUUUGCCCUUGCCAAACGCCUUGCAUUAUGAGUGGUCUUCACGAGCAAUACGAGCUGGAAAACAUGUUUUGGUCGAAAAGCCGUCGGUUGAUAACGCGAUUGAGGCCGAUAUCCUUUUCAAUAUGCCAGAACUGUCGUCAGCACACCCAAGCCCGAGGGUCUUGCUGGAAGCUAUGCACAACAAAUUCCAUCCCGCACUGCACAAAUUCAUGACUUUUGUUACUCCUGCCGACGUCAUUCACGUUCACACAGACAGCAUGGCACCCGCCUGGUUCACUGCGGCGGACAACCUAAACCACAAAUACCAUCUCGGAGGCGGCAGUAUCAUGGCACUCGGAACGUACAACUUUGGAGUCAUGCGCAUGAUCUUUGGCCAAGAGCCUGAAGAGUGUCUCGAAUGCGAUACUACAGUCUUUGACGAUGGCGACUGCAAACAGUGCGACUACACUUUCAAGGCCAGGUUUCAAUUUCCCAACGGGACUGGCUAUGCCACGACCACUGUGAAGGGCCCUGCUCUCUGGAAGCCUUCUGAAGCCAGAGUUACACAUAGGAAGGUUGUGGUUCCCGACAAGAACUUGCCGGACACUCAGGAGAUGACGCGCACGCGGUUAGUCACUCUCCAUGGGUUCAUGCACGCGGUCGCCUGGCAUCGGAUUGAUGUUGAAGACUCGUAUGAGAUUCGCAACGUUGUCAACGGUCAAACAGUCAAGAAGUGGGUAGAAUCGAGUUCGCACACAGCGUACACGUUUCAAGAUGCCGAGGACGGGCUUCCGGGUCUGGGCGAGUACUGGUGGUCGUCAUUCCGGUAUCAGCUCGAGGCGUUUGUCAACCGGGUCAAGGGGCGCGAGACACAUUACUGGAUCACUGAGGAAGACUCAAUCAAGCAGAUGAAGAUGAUUGAUAUGGCAUAUGAAAAGAGUGGGUUGGGAUUACGACCGACAAGCACUUUCCGUUGA